GUAAACAUCAAUUAUUGAUGCGAUCAUCUCAGGAGUGGACCCAUCCUUCCAACAACUCCAAGUUCCACUGCCAUUGCAAAGUGCAAUGUAACCAAUCUGCAUCGUCCUCUUCUCUUCUCUCCCUCACAUAACCAACCAAACCGACUAACUGAAAAUAAACAAAAUGGUGUCGACGUUCGAGAAGAAGAAGAACCUGAGCAAGCUCAUCAUCCCUUCAUCUUCUUCUUCCCCAAAUCCAUCCCCAUCAAGCCCACACGUCAUUUUCAGUAGGUCCCACUCCUUCGUGGGCCCCUCUCCUCGCUUUGUCCCUUCCUCCACCCCUCUCUUCUUCCUCGAAGAAGAAGAAGAAGAAGAAGAAGAAGAAGAAUUACCAUUUGGUCCCGACCCCCCAAAAAUUGGACCUUCCGAUUUCCAUAUUCUUCGUGUUGUAGGACAGGGUGCCUUUGGGAAGGUCUUUCUCGUCAGAAAAAAAGGUGAUUGCUUCGACGACGCUGAUGGCGUGUUCGCCAUGAAGGUGAUGAGGAAAGACACCAUCAUUAAAAAAAACCACGUCGAUUACAUGAAAGCCGAGAGGGAUAUUCUCACCAAAGUCCUUCACCCUUUCAUCGUUCAGCUCCGUUACUCUUUCCAGACCAAAUCUAAGUUGUAUUUGGUGUUGGACUUCAUAAAUGGAGGGCAUCUCUUCUUUCAAUUGUAUCGUCAGGGUAUCUUCAGUGAGGAUCAGGCAAGGCUUUACACUGCUGAGAUAGUGUCUGCUGUUUCACACCUUCACAAAAACGGCAUCGUGCAUCGAGAUCUUAAGCCCGAAAACAUUCUUAUGGAUGCUGAUGGGCAUGUCAUGCUAACUGAUUUUGGACUGUCAAAAGAGAUUAAUGAAUUGGGGAGAUCCAACUCUUUUUGUGGGACUGUAGAAUACAUGGCUCCAGAAAUCCUACUGGCUAAAGGCCAUAAUAAGGAUGCAGAUUGGUGGAGUGUUGGUAUUCUGUUGUAUGAAAUGCUAACAGGGAAGGCACCAUUUACACACAAUAACAGAAAGAAACUUCAGGAGAAAAUUAUUAAAGAGAAAGUAAAACUUCCACCAUUCCUUACCAGUGAAGCUCACUCUUUGCUCAAAGGAUUGCUACAAAAGGAUCCAUCGACAAGGUUAGGCAAUGGGCCAAAUGGAGAUGGCCAUAUCAAAAGUCAUAAAUGGUUUAGGUCAAUCAAUUGGAAAAAAUUGGAGGCAAGAGAACUGGAACCGAAGUUCAAACCAGAUGUGUCUGCGAAAGAUUGUACAUCUAAUUUUGACCAAUGUUGGACAGCAAUGCCUGCUGAUGACUCGCCAGCACCCACACCUACAGCAGGUGACCAUUUCCAGGGCUAUACUUAUGUAGCACCUAACCCUUGGCUUUCAUCUAGAUCACUAGAUUGAAGAAGGAAAUUUGUACAUGGAUGAAUGAAUCAAGAUAUGACCUGAAUAAGACAAGUAACCCAAAUCUUCUCGCACAAAGGUGCCUUCCAAUCCGUUUUCAGAGUUAACUCUUAAAUGUAAAUUGUAAUGCUCAUUGCACAGAAUAGAGAAUGUUUAGUGGCUCUGAUGUGGCCUUUCAUGUUUGUGCAGUUUGGUUUAGUUCUUGUCUUAAAAGGUAAAAGAUUUGAAUUUCUUUGCCUUCCAUUCAGGUCAACAUUAAUAUAUUUGACUAGCCAGGGCCCAAAAGAGGCUGAAGGGGUAUAGCAUAUUUGACUUACUACUAUUUAUCUAGAAGAGUUGCACGCAUCAAAUUGUAUUGUGUCCUAUUUUUUGCAGCAACACAACUGACAGGUUGAUGCAUUUUAUCAUUGUUCCUACUUAUGUAUUUGUAAUUGUGUGAGCUAUUGAACACGUAGCUAUCAAAUGUUCUAUUUAUAAGAUUUAGAAAAAUAGAUAGUUGUUGGCA